ACCAAAAAAGAAUAAUGUACUAAGACUUGGCUGUAUGGUGUAAAACCUUUGCCUUUUCCUUUAUGGAAAGAAGAAAAAAAAAAUUAAUAGUUACGACUAGACAUAAUAAAAUUGAUGUUUCAAGUUUCAACGAAAUUUGCUUUUAAAACAUUUCCAUGGAAAAUUUUUCUCGAGUGGAAAAAAUUGGCGAAGGCACAUACGGUGUAGUGUACAAAGCUCGUGAUAGAAUAACUGGCAAACAAAUUGCUUUGAAGAAAAUUAAACUCGAGAAUGAGCCUGAGGGCGUGCCGUCGACAGCGCUACGUGAGAUUUCAGUGCUGCGCGGGCUGCGACACCCUGGCGUGGUGCGGCUGCUGAAUGUGGUGCUCGCCGACACCAAGCUUUUCCUCGUGUUCGAGUUCCUGCACAUGGAUCUCAAGCGACUAAUGGACCUGACCAAGGGCCCCUUACGCCUCGAUCUCGUUAAGGUGGCUCCUACAUAGUUGAAUAGAAAGAAGUUUGAAGGGUGUAUUUUAUUUAAAUGACUUACUUUUGGGAAACCAUUAUUUUAGCAACAUUUUAAACAUUAGUUACAUCACUGAGAGUGGACUAAUGUUGUUUUAUGGUUAUGUUGGUUGGAGUAGUUAUGUCACUUACAGGCCUGGAAGUGAAGAUCAAAUUGAAAUGAGGAGGCAGGGUUGAAUGUUUCUGAUCGAUUUAAUUCUCUUCAUUGGGGUCUGGAAAUUGGUGGUUCUGAAGUUAUUCAUUUAUUUGUAUCUUUCGGAAAACAUCUUUAAGUGCACCCCAAAACAACCCACAUAUUUAAAUUGUAAUUUAAAGGAAUUUUAUGUCUUUAUUCACAUUUGUGCAUUUUUAUUAGUAUACACCUUAUAUAUAGUAUAUACCUUUUCAAUAGAUUUUUUCUGAACUCUUCAUGAAAAGUGCUAGCAUAAUAUGACAAUUGCAAUUAGGACUUUAUUUUACAAUUGUCUUUCUUUUCAAUCAUGCAGACCAUCUGGCAGCAAUCUGAAUAGUCAAUGCAUUAAACAUUUCCCAA